CGGUGUAGUAGUGCUUGCAGCCAACAACGCGCGUCGCCCUCGUCCCCGAACAGCGUGCUCCCACUGCCAAGCGUGGACACACUGCACAGAGACGCCCCGGCACCUCCCACCGCCCACUGCACGCCGCGGGUGAUUAGCCAGCAAGAAAAUCUCACAACUCUUGCACCACUCCAUCUCCAUCCGCAACCUUCAAUCCUAUAACUCUUACUUCCUCCUCCUUUUCCUUCCUUCCUUCCAACUCCGUCUAUCAUGUCAUGCCCACCCGCUCCCAACCGCAUUCACCAACUACCAGUCCGCGUCUCCUACUACAUCCCUGCUUCCUCACAGACCUACUCUACAAUAUUUCCGUCAUUACAACAAGUGUACAUACAUCCUCAAUCUGCUGGUGGAGACGACGAGACAUGGGGAUCCAUAUACCUAAAAACUGUGGUAAAGGGGGUUCUGGCCGCCAGUCCUGAAUUACAUCCUGCCUAUCCCGGAACAUCCGACUUAUCUCUCUACGUCCUGGAUCCCCGCGAAACAUAUUUUCGUCGUGCACGCGUCGGCUCAGCCCACCAUGGCAACACCGACACGACUGGUAGCGAAGUAUGGACAGGUAAAGGUCUUGUUUCUUGGAGCCUCGCGGAACAUGGCCAAGGCAAAAACCUUAUCGCCGGUCGGCUAGAACGAGACGUAGCGUUUACUACGGCGAUCAGAACUCAGGGCAUGUCUGCUCUUGAAGCUUUGAUGGCGGCAGACCAGAUGGGUAAUGUAAGCGAAGAAAGCUGGGGUAUUGACAUCUCAUUGGGCUUGAACAUGGGAUUAGGUGCGCCUGGAGGCUUCGCACGUGCACGUGCGAGCUCGCCGGCCGUGCGGAGGAGGCGCUCUAGUUUAGAGAAGGAAGAAAGGGGACAUAUAACACCUCCUUAUCCUAGACAACAAAAACGCGCGUCAGUCCCGCCCGCACCGCAAACUUUUGACAUCCAAGAAAAACUUCCCGCCCACCCAUCAUCAUCUUCUUACUCCCACGACCAGCCCUUUAGACCCGGUCACAAUAUCAGUCACGCAAGCUCCCCCAUCGACCCCCCUCGUGCUCGUGGUCGACCAACCAAAUCUGCUAGUACUGGCGGCCGUCCUCGCAAGGUCACUGCUUCGUCACACAGCUCCUCCACUUCUAUUGAUGGUGCCGACCCAAGACAACGCCCUGCACAUAGUCAACGACCAUACGAAAUCCCGCUUCCGUCCUCUGAAGGCCCUAACGUCUACGAUGCCCUAUCUUCCAUUCCCGAAAAUAUCCUGGCACGUCCCGAAUCUCUCACACGCGAGCAAGCACAAAGACUACUGGCAAGCCCUGCAUUCAUCGAUAUGCUUGGAAAAAUCACUGGCACCUCGAUUCCUACGGGCAAGCCCAACCCCAACAACAAGCGCCUGAGAGAUGGAGAGGAACCGGAGUUUCAACCUCCGAAGCGAAAGAGAGGAAGACCGACGAAGGCUGAAAAGGCGGCAAAGGAGGCUCAAGAAGCUGCCGCGAGAUUGGCGGAAGCUGUCAAACAAAAGGCCGAAGCUGUCGAUGGUCCACAAGAGGACUCGAGAAACCCAGUAUGCUGGAAUUGCGGCAGAACGAAGUCUGCCAUCUGGAGAACCAAGGUGAUGGAAAAUGGACAGAGUGUGAGAGUGUGCAAUGCUUGUGGUCUUUACUGGAACAAACUUGGGACUAUGAGGCCACCCAACCUUUGGGCAGACGGCGAUGACGAUCGUCGAAGCGAACGCGCGCAAAGUACAUUCUCCGAGGCUCCAUCAGAACAUGGACCAGCACAUCGAGUUGAUAAACCGCUUGCUCGGGCCCAAGAGUCAUUUAAGCGGACAUUAUCUGCAGCGGUCGAGCAAGAUGCUAGGCGUAUGGCCACCCGCCACAAGGGUCGGGCGCCUACUUCUCCCAACAAACAUUCAAAACUUGGUCCAAUGACUUCCCCGCCUCGUGGGUCUGCUUCUGCAACAAAAUCGUUAAAGCAACGCAAAUACACUGCGGCCAGUUCUCCCGGUGGCUUCGUAGAGACGAUGCACGAUUCGUUCGAGUCGGAAGUUAAUGAGGCUAGUCCUGAGGAUGAAGAUGAAUCUCCUCAUUUCCGUGCCCGCCCUGCUCCUCAUCCCCAUCGCCUCACUCGUAAUCCACCUUCCAAUACUGAUACCAGGACGCUCGACCUUCCUCUCAGCGACGACGGUUUAGGCAGCGGCGCAUCUCGCGGCAACAAUGAAUGGAACGAUGAAGUCUCUGCAUUUUUCGAUGUGGAGGGCUUCUCAAUGUCCACCAUGGCCCAACAUGAAAUUCCAGAAUACAGUCGUCGUCACCAUCGUCAAGAGGUUAUUCAAGAAACGAAGCUCGGUGCCCACCGCUCAAAUCCUAUCCACGUGACUUCGUCGUCGAUGAUGGAGAAUGGGCAUGUUGGCACGGAUUCUACUCUUGAGGAAGAUACCGUACUUUCACAGUUAUUCAACCGUACCUCUUCCAUUGCAGGGCCGGGCUCUUCUCCUUCAGGGUUUGACUUUUCCCAAUUACCCCCUUCUUCGCCGCCCAUGUCCGUUCUCAGCUCAGAUGCUCUUCCCCAUUCUGCACUCCUUUUGUCGAGCCCUGUGAAGAAGAACACUCCUAGUGUAUCUGGACAGACGCCCAGUGCGUCUGGCUUGACGCCCGUAGACGGCAACCGCUUGCCUCAGAGCAGCUCCAAGUUGAGACACUCUGUCAACGCGGGUGACAGUCACGAUAACGAUAGACAGGCUGGUGGAAACGGUGGUGUACAGCAGCUAGACUUUGAGGGUAUUCAGAGGAUGUUUAACUUGAUGUCCCAUCCCGAUUACGUCUCGCAGGAAAAUACGUCUGCCGGUACGAAUCACACCCCUCUUUCGACGUUUGAAGACCCUCAAUACGGUGCUUUGAACGAGUUGAUUGAUGGUCUCGGUGGAGGUGCGUCCGGGAUGAAGGUGAAUGUAGGAGGGGAGGUGGUUUGUGGAGGAGAGGGCGAAACGAGCAGUGCGAGUGCAGUCUUGGCAGACGGGAAUGGGGAAGACAUCUUUGCAUCAUUCUUGGACGGAGGAGCGUUUGUGUGAGAGAGGGUAAAACUAGCAUUGGACUUUACUUUUUUUAAUACGAAUAACAACAGACUCGGCAUUAAUAUGAUGUUGUAAAUAUAAUAAGCUCACAGCAGAUAGUCGUUCACACGAUUAUUGAAUAAUGAUGCAUCGACAUGGC